UUUGACACGCAUAACCGGAAAUGAACUUUGGUGAGUAGUGUGAGGUUAAAGGUCAGAUUAGAUGAGGUCACAACAUCUAUUUUUCACUUUUUACCAUUAUUAACGUGACUGUAUAACGCAAACAACUAUUUAUGCAGCUGCCACUUCUGCAAUAGACGUGGAAGAGAAAGGAAGGAAAUAAGACAGAAACGAAGUCUUUAAGAAAAUAUGAAAUGAAGUUUUUUUAUUUUGUAUUAUUUCAUUUUUCCCUUGAAUUAUAAAGAAAGUUGUAGUUGCUUGAGGAGAGGAAAUGAGAGUUAAGAACUAUCAUCUCUUCACCAAAACGGUCAUCAGCAUCAUUACCACCACCAGCACCAAUCUGGGAAUUAUUUUAAAUUUUAUACUUGGCUUUUUACACUUACACGCGCGAUUUCCACACGCAUUUAUAGACACACACAUACAGAUAUACAGUGUUAACUGUUGAUUACAAGUAAACAACAAUAUUUCAUGUUAACAUAUUUAGUCCUUGUCUUCGAACGAACAAAACUAAAAGCAAACUAUACUUUUUAAAAAUAACCAUCACUGUCAUCACCAUCAACAACGUUUAAAGCACAGUAUAAUUAUAAUUCUUAUUGCAAUAUUAUCAUUGUGCAAUCAUCUAACAUUUGAUCAACAGAAAUUUAUUCAUCUCGAUAUUCCUAUGUGGCUUACAUACCUAUAAGAUGGUGCUUCAUACUUACAACAGACACAAACUAAUGUUUCUACGUAACAGGACUCAGUUGUUACCAGCUUUGGCAGUGUGAACCUUGGCAAAUCAGUUCUUCCCGGGAUCAACAUUACUCCAUUGGUUUUUUAGCCCCUACCAGAUCACUCCAUGUUCCUCCAGAUUUUAUGAUGAAUUCUCAUCCGAUUUCCAAAAAAGGCUGGCUCAGGAAGCUCGGCGGGAUUGUGAAGACUUGGCAGAGACGUUGGAUUGUACUCAAUGGAAACAUCUUGUUUUACUUCACCAGAGAAGAUGACCAGAAGUCCCUUGGUUCAAUCCUUCUCCCCGGCAACAGGGCCUUUGCCCAUUCUUAUAGUCCUGGCAAUCCAGAUAAAUAUAUUUUUGAAAUUGAACCAGACAAGAAUAUGAAAGCUUCAAACCCGACACCUCACGAAGUCUCCUUGUUCUGUUGCGAGUCAGAAGCCGAGAGGCAAGAAUGGAUUCGUGCCAUACGGAAAGUGAUCUACGGACCAAAUGGAGGGGCUAUCUUUGGCCAGUACCUUAAGGAAACCAUGUUGUAUGAGCACAAUAAUAAAACCAAAAGGAAAGUUCCUUAUAUAAUUGAAGCUUGUGUCAAAUUUCUUGAAGAACAUGGAUUGGAAACUGAGGGUGUAUAUAGGUUAGCUGGUCGUGUGGUAUUGAUAAAGGAACUGCAAGAAAGCUUUGAUACAGGUGAAUGCAUUAGAUUAGAAGACAGUGAAGCUGAUGUACAUACUGUAGCAUCUUUAUUAAAAUUAUAUCUCCGUGAACUACCAGACUCCAUUAUUCCCAGUGAACAUUUCCAGAGAUUCAUGAGCAUUGCUUAUGAAGCUGUUGACAAACAUAAGAACCAAGAUGAAGAAUUCAUUCCAAGAUUAACAGAAGCUGUGAAUAUUUUGGAGCCAGACAACUACAACAUUUUGCAGUAUUUGUGCAAGCAUCUUCACAAGGUGUCACAGUAUUCUGAUGUUAAUAAGAUGACGCUAGCAAAUUUGGCAAUGGUUUUCGGGCCAAAUGUCAUUCGUCAUGAAGACGAAAACCCAGAAAUUCUACGUGCUACAGCUGAUUUGAACCAGAAGCUUGCGUUAAUACUUAUCAAGCAUUCAGAUGUGAUUUUUGCCCACGACUGUGGUCCAAACUUACUUGACAUGCCUUUGGCUCUUCCUUGUGAUGCUCCAUUAUUGCAGCCACUCACAAACACAUGUGAACCUCCCUUACAAACCAGUGACAUUGAAUUUCAGCUUGCGGAUGAAUUUAACAACUUACCAGUAACAUCACCAUCGCCUUUCACCAAGUCCCGUAGUUUGAAGGCUUUAAAACCUGCACCACCUCUCCGGCUCACGAAAACAAACAGUUCCAGGCAUCAUCGGCGUUUACGUCUUGUUGAGAAAAACAAUAACUUCAACGACUCACUAAGUUCUCCAGAUUCUUGUAAGUCACCAGAGACCCCACCUGCAUCAUUUGGAGGAAAUACUGAAGGUUUUGGUGAGGUAGCUUCCCCUUCAGAGGUGAAAUUUAAAUGGGAGCAUUUCACUUCAAGCAAUGCUGUUUUUGAUACGAGUGAUAUCAAACACAUUCCAAAAGAAGAUAAAGACGAGAUGUCGAAACCUGUAACUGAAGUAGAGAAGCUAAAGAAAGAUUUAAAUCGGAUGAAAAUUUUGUAUGAGGAGAAAGUAGUGGAAGUUGAAUCACUGAAAGUACAACUUCAGAAUCAAAGUAAUGCCAAAGACAAGACCAUCGACAAAGUUAUAGAAUUACAAGAGAUACUUAACAAAUACAAAAUUCGAUAUGGGGAAUUGAAAUGAUUUUUAAAAAUAAUUCUAUGUAUUUUGGGGGAGGAAUUUUGAAACACUGUUUUCUUAUCCCUUCAAAGGAAAUACCGUUUAUUUUUAUUCAAAUGAGGAAAGUGCAUGGUUCUUAUACUGCAAAAUUUCCUUUGUUCUUACUUUCUGCUCUGGCUUAAAGUUUUAAAGUUAGACUAAGCAGGAAGAGACAAGAGGCUGCAAAAUAUAUUCCCCUCACCCUUGUCCUUGCCAUUUUUUUUUUAAUAUAAAAGUUUUUAAGUGAAUGAAUGGAGUCAUUGCAGUCUGUAAAAUAUAUAUUUUAUCUAUCAAAUACAAAGAUUUUGAUUGGUUUGUCAGUGAAAGGGGGCCGUGUUAUGUAAUUAAAAGAAAUGGUAUGUCACGUGAGAGAGGAUUUCUUUUAUAGACUAGAUUGGUUGCCAGGGCAAGGAAGGGCUUCUUACAGAAUUGUAGGUUUACAGAGUGAGUCACAAGUGAAGAAUAUCACAGUGUAUAUUGGUUGACUUGGCGAAUGAAGACUUGUGAUGGAAUGUAAGACUGAAAGAUGAGAGCAUUCUUACAUAGAGUAAUGAGAGAGAGGGGAGAGAGAGAGAGAA